AGCCCAGAAAAUAAUAUCUCUCCCUACCCGCCAGCGUCCGCGGUGCUCUCGCCUCCUUUCCCGGCUGAGCGCGCUCCAGCGUUGCGGGAGGCGACGCGCGGGGCGCGGGUCCGGAAGCGGGCGCGCAGCGGUCCGGGGCGCCGCACCAUGCUCCCGAGCGCCGUGGCGGCCCAUGCCGGCGCCUACUGGGACGUGGUGGCUUCCUCCGCGCUGCUGAACUUCCCCGCCGCGCCGGGCUUCGGCAACCUGGGCAAGAGUUUCCUGAUCGAGAACUUGCUGCGGGCUGGGGGCGCCCCGCCGCACAGGCUACCACCGCCCCCGCCCCACGGCCCGGCAGCAGCUCUCGCCGCGGGCGCUCAGGUCCGGCCCCUGCCCGCCAGCCCGGUUCCGCUCAAGCUGUGCCCCGCGGCAGAACCAGUCAGCCCCAGCGGGGCGCUCUACGGCACGCGGUGGGCGUUUCAAGUGCUCAGCCCCUCGGCGGACGGCGCCAGGCUGCCGAGCCGGGCUCCGGCGGACCGAGACUGUGCCUUCCAGCCAUCAACCCCAGCGCCUUCCAAGCCUUUUUUUCUGAGCGCCCCGCCGUUCUACUCGUCGUGCUGCGGUGGGUCCUGUCGGCGCCCUGCCUCCCCCACUGCUUUUCCAAGAGAAGAGAGUGUGCUGCCUCUUCUGACACAGGAAUCUAAUUCCAAAGCUCGGAGGGGUAUUUUAAGAAGAGCUGUCUUUUCUGAGGACCAGAGAAAGGCUCUGGAGAAAAUGUUUCAGAAGCAGAAAUAUAUCAGCAAAACAGACCGAAAGAAACUUGCCGUCAACUUGGGACUAAAGGAAUCACAGGUGAAAAUCUGGUUUCAGAACAGAAGGAUGAAAUGGCGGAAUUCCAAAGAAAAGGAAGUGCUUUCCAACAGGUGUAUCCAAGAAGUAGUCCUUCAAGAGGACCCCCUCUCAAGAUCUGCUCUGGGUUUCCCUUCUCCAUGUCCUUCACUCUGGGAAAUCUCCCAACAGCACUCGAGUCCAAGAUGGAGGGAGAAUUCACCAGAACCAUCAGAGAGACUAAUCCUGGAGAGUCCAGGGGCAUUGGCCCCAGAAGCAAAGUCACUGCAAGGUGCCUUAUAUUUGUGUUCUGAAGAGGAUGCCAGAGACAAGGGUGUACUUACUGGCUCAGUGUGAAUGGAAGCAUUCUGCCACGUUAACGUAAAAACAGUUAACUAUUAACGUUUGGACUCUUAAGCCUGCUAGCUUGUGUCUCAUCAGUGCCUAAAACCUAACACCUUUGGAGUGAAGCAUGGACUAAUGUUUUAGGAAACCUCUCCGGUGUUCUCUUAUUUGGGUCCUAGACUCAGACUUAAUUUGUAAGUGGAACAGAAUCUCCCAGAAAGUACGAUGGAACUGAAAAGAACGAGAAUAAUGGUCAGCUCAGUCCUUACUCUGAAUAUGUGUAUAUAUGCGUGUGUCUCUAUGUGUAUAUAUAUAAAUAUUCAUUAAAAUACAUUAGUAGAAAUUAGUUUCUCUCUAAAUAGUGCAUUGAGCAAAAAACCAACGAUGACUGAAUGUUUUUAAUUUUUUGAAAAUUAUGUGAAAUUUGGACUUCAGUACAAAUUUUCAUAUCAAAAGAACAUUUUUAAAAAACUCUCUACUUUCUGGUUUCUUUCAGUAUCCAGAUGUAAGUGAUUUUUAACAGCUCAGCUCAGAGAUCCUAAUCAAAUGAGCCACUAUUAGAUACACGCACUGAAAGUAUGUAUUUACAAUUAAUCCAACAAGCAACUAGAAGAAUUUCUGAAUGUAACUGUUAGUACCUUUAAUUUCCAAGGCUCUGAACUUUAUCAGGCUAUCAGUGCGGGAGGGACCCAUUUAACUAAUGAUUAUCAUUUGAUCUCUUUUCUGUAAGGAUGGGUCUUAAUCAGGGUCUGCCAAAUAAAAUGCCUUUAAGGGCCUGUCAGGUAAAUAGAGGGCAUGACUCACCUAAAGAUAUUUGAGUUUAAUAAUUUUGAAAUACUGUGUUGGCCAAAGAAAACAUCUGUGCCAAGCAGUUUGUGACCUCCAACCAAGACUUAAAGAAGUGUCACAGUUCUUAAAAUGUUCCCAACUGGGCUUCAAAACCCGAUACUGAUGGGAUCUAUAGUGAUUUCUGUUUGCACUUUUAGUUAUAGACUCAAUUUUCCAUCUAGGUGGUAUGCAGUAUAUAUUAGGUUAUUUUUAUGUAUUAACAAAAACAUCACCACAGAUGUUUUAUGUUUCUUGAGUACUCUGAAAUAGUAUUAUUAUAAAAUUGCAUUUCUGGUAACGAUUUGCUUAGUUCAUCUAGAAUUUUUUAUUCCAGGUCCAAGAAAAAAUUAUGUUUCACUUUGAAGGAAAUGAGGCAGAAAAAGGAAAUGAUGUGGUUUUGAACUAGGUUGUUAUUAAUCUGUGGACAAGAAACAUUAGUAGAAGUUCAUGAUGUGGAAUUUUGUUAGUGAGAAAGCUGCAUAAGGAGAGUAGCUUCUAAUUUGCUUACGUUCUUAGCUAUAGACUUCGAGGGUUUAGAGUUUUAGCAAAGGUAAUAUUUCAGAUGAUAAUGUUUUCUGUCAACACCAGGGAAUUGUUUUGUAUGAAUGGAACUUGAUUGGGUGUAUGCUAGCUUAUGUCUUUAUCAGAAGAUCAAAAAUCAUCUCAGAAGAAGAUUGUCUCAGGCCCUCUUUGUGGGAAGCAGAGGCAGGGAUCUGCUGACAGCAAUUUAAAUUUUAAAACCUGUCUUAAAAUGAUUUAUAAUACGGUUUCUUUUCUUUGUAUAAUGUUAACCUCAUUUACAUUUAUCAGGUCCUUUCUGUGUGCUGGAGACUGCUAAUAAGCCUUUAAUGUGGAUUAACUCAUUUAAUCCUCGUGACAAUAACCCUAUGAAGUGUAGGGACUCUAUUACUAUUAGGAUUCUUGUUACUCAGACAAGGGACCCAGACCAGUAUGGUCAGGGUGAUUUGCCCAAGGUACUGAGGGUAAUAAAUGGGAUUUGACCCCUGGCAGUCAAGUUUCAGCUCUUGAAAUCUAACCAACCGUGCGGGGGUGUCUACCACUGUGAAUGUAUUCACCCAGCUCUCAGAUGCAUUGUAAGACAUACAUUUUGAGGAUUGCAGAGAAAUUUAUUAAAGAAAUUCAGAAGCACGUUGUACUUUAUCAUCUCUUACUUGGGGAAUGAUUUUCUCUUCAGUAUCUUCUCUAUUAAUUUUGAAGUUUGGGGAAAGUAAAGCAUCACAAAAGUCUUCAACUUUGAAGUCUCUGUAGAGAAGAGUCACUCAGGAGUGUUUAUGAAAUGGAAGUGCAUUUUUCUAUCACUUGUUGCUAGAAAUCAUAGAGUGCUUAUCUAUGGUCAAUGUUUCUUGAGAAUAAUUUAAAAAUCAAAUGAGAGAAACAUGCGUCUUGGCCAUCCGAUUACCCAGGUUUUAGAAGUGAGCUACUUGGUGCUUAAAUGAUCUUCCCCCAGGGUUUCAUCUCGAGCUCUGAGACCCAGCGGAGGCUUCUC